CAAUCCAAAAUCCAACCUCCAAGCCGCUCCGUCGGCUCCGUCAGCUCCGUGUUGUCCGUGCUCCGUUUUGCGUUAGGCGACGGGCGCGGAUGCCUUUUCGGAUGCCUUUUCGGCUGAGAAAGCGCCCGUUGGAACAAACAACCACGACGACCAAGAACCGUGAAAAGUUACACCAACAUGCUGCCUGCGUCAACCAGCAAUGUCCUGGUGUUUCAACUGCCGAGGACAUUUUUUCGUUCCUCGACGCCGUCGACACUAGGACGAACGCAGAGUUUCUCUCACCUUGCUCCGCAAAUGGCAGUAAACUCUGCCACAUCGCGGACCAUCUCACUGUAUACAAUGACUCUCUACAGUUGCUGGACAUGGAGCUAAAGGAAGGUGACCCCGGAGAAUUUGGCUUGUUUCCCCUGAAAGUGCACUAUCCAGUAGGUGCUGACCAAGGGUCUUGCAUCAAAGGGUGGUCCCUGCUACACUGGCUACUUCGGGAGCACUGCUGCAUCAAAACCCUGAUCCUCCCCUGGUUGAUAGACUCCAAGUAUCAGAGACUCUUGUCCGAUGCGUUGCACCUGAACUCUGGCCUCAAGAAGUUGACAUUGCAUAACUGGCAGGCCAAACGAGCGUUCAAGGACAUCAUCUCUGCCAUCGGCACGCUUGCACAACUGGAAGAGCUGGACAUGGAGCUCGUUUACUUGCCGCCAAGUGCUCUGGGCUGCCUGGGAAAUGCCCUCCAGAGGAUUUCGACGCUUAAGACCCUCAAACUACCUUCCGUUGAUAUGGAUGUCUGUAAUGCCAGUCAUCUCAGUUGUAUCACGCAAUUUGUCAAAGCUUUAAAAGGUUGCCCGAAACUUGCGGUACUCUCCUCUGACAAUUUUAUCUUGGUUCCUGCAUCAGGUGAGGGCUUUGCAGAGUUUGUUACGGAGAGCAGCUCUUUGACAAAGCUGUCCUUGUGCCAUUCUCCUCGCUACCACAGCAAGGAAUGCGCACUCUUCAUGGCAGUGGGAAAGAACAACAGCCUCGAAGAGCUGUGUCUGGAUGGGUUUAUGCUGCAUGAGGAGGCAGAGCGGUUGCUCGCGGAGGUAGCUGCGCAGCACACGGGUCUACGGUAUUUGGAAGUGGGGUUCUACGAUGGCUUCAGGGAAUGGGAAAUCGAUGGAACUGCCCUCGCCAACCUAGUGGGGCGCAACACGGGUCUUCGCGAACUGGUGUUUUCAGGCAGCACCGUUUCCUGCAUCCCCAAAUUCGCAGAGGCUAUCCCCAAGAACACCACAAUGCAGAAGUUAACCCUCGGUCUUCCAGACAUGGACGUCCCCAACUACAGAGUGUUUCUGCAAGCGCUGGCUCGCAACCAGUCGCUUCAACUAGUCACUUUUAAGGGAAGUUCAUAUUACUACUUCAACGACAUCGUUUUACUCAUGCGGGAGACGGGAACCGAAGGAAGGUUGGCUAUUGACGCCGACGUACACGAUCCUCAAGAUUUUGAGAAAGGGCUGAAGAACUCCACUAGCCUGACAAGGGUGGCUUACUCCAACAGGGAAGCAGCUGGCUUAACGCCGCCCGGCGCGUUUCGUCACCUGCUUCAUCACCGUUGCCUCCACGAGCUUCGCAUCGGGUUGCCACGCCCAAUCGAAAUGGAGUCCGCGACUUCGCUCGCACUCCUUCUGUCGACCACAAGCAGCCUCAGGUGUGCAACCUUCGAGUUCCUCGCCACUGCGGCGUCGUCGCGGAUUCUCGUGGAGGGACUAGCGGGCAACAGGAGCCUCACGGAUCUGAGCGUCAGCUUCUGGACAGUCGAAGCACCGGAGGCUGACCUGCUUUGGCGCAUGCUGAGGAGCAGCAGGACCUUGAAGACGUUGACCCUAGAACUCCUGGACUUCCCGCAGAGCCCGGUGCUCGACCGUGUGCCAGACGGUCUGCUGCAGAACCACUACCUUCUGAGGGCAGCCAUUCAACGGAACCCCACGCAGAGUCUAGACAUGUUCUACGAUGGCAUCCACAGGCAGGUCCUAAAGAAGCUCAACGUGCUGAGCACGCCGACCUUUCAGUUUGGGGUCCAGGAGCUCCUGCGACGGAACCUGUCCACUCUGCAUCGCGCCGUGCAGUUUGUGACUGGGUCGCGAGGCAGGCGCUAUGCCGAAGCGUUCGAACGGGUGUCAAAGGGCUCCACCCUUGUCGAAGCGCUGAAGAAGGCACUCGCCGAACCAGAGGACGAGAUCAAGGGGAAGAUUGCGAGCAGCUCCCGCUAUCUCGAUGAACACUUCCUGGUGGAAGCAGGAGUCGUCAGAGCCGCCGUGGUUUGUGGUGAGAGUGGCAGAGUUCAGCUGGAUCGGAUUGGCUUUGACAAUUGGCUUUGCAUUCGGCAGUACCUUAAGGUCACCGACAUUGUCCCAACGCCUGUGGGACUCCUGGCUGACACCAGCUCUUCUGGAAGCUUGCAGGACUGAUCCGCGCUACGGAGCCCUCGGGCGACACUGUUUUUAUGGUGCGAGUAGAGCUCUGUGCGACUUAAAAGCUUUCAAAUUCAUUCUUUAUUUUUAGCUGUCAUCUGAAAAGUUUGGUCAGUAUUCGCGAGAGUGACUCUGUGCAAGUUGCAUGGUUGGGCUCGCAAAUCUGUCCUUGCAAGCUCACUCGACAUUCAUAGAGGGCGGUUAAUUCCUUGUUCGGGUAGUCUUGCCAGACUCUCCGUAACGAUCAUUUUUAACGCUUUUCAGUCUUUGUGUGUGUGUGGAGUUUAGAGUUAUUGAAUGCCUGUAAUCAAGCUUGGUUUUGUUAUGAACAGUUUGAGGUUCGAUCUGCCUUUUCAAACCACGUGAGAGGAUUUGAAUAAAAGAGCGUUAUGCAUUACAAAAAAACAGGUAA